CUUUUAUCUGUAGAUUUUUUUGCAGUAAAAAAAAGAAAAAACAGAAACAUUUUUAACUAUUUAUCUCUUCUUCUUCAUCUCCUUCGUCCUUGAAGCUUAAACUAGCGCACUCCAGUAAAAGCAGAGGAGAAGAGAAGAGAGACGGCGCAGAGUAGCAUUGACAUGCGAAAUGUGCCUCUCAGAAUUCUUAUCCUACGCCUGUUUCAAUUUCUUCUCCACCAUGAAAGUUUUCUGAUUGCUCUUUCCUCAGAAAUUUUGAAGCUUCGUAGUUUCUUCUGCAUUCCUCGCAAUGCAUUGGAUUACGAGAUUCUCUGCUUUCUUCUCCGCCGCAUUAGCCAUGAUUCUCCUUUCUCCUUCGCUCCAAUCCUUUUCUCCGGCGGCAGCUAUCCGAUCAUCUCACCCCUACGCCGACGAAUUCAAACCCCAACAAAACUCCGAUUACUCCUCCUUCAGAGAAUCUCCAAUGUUCCGUAACGCCGAACAAUGCAGAUCUUCCGGCGAAGAUUCCGGCGUCUGUAACCCUAAUCUCGUCCACGUAGCCAUCACUCUCGACAUCGAUUACCUCCGUGGCUCAAUCGCAGCCGUCAAUUCGAUCCUCCAGCACUCAAUGUGCCCUCAAAGCGUCUUCUUCCACUUCCUCGUCUCCUCCGAGUCUCAAAACCUAGAAUCUCUGAUUCGUUCUACUUUCCCCAAAUUGACGAAUCUCAAAAUUUACUAUUUUGCCCCUGAGACCGUACAGUCUUUGAUUUCAUCUUCCGUGAGACAAGCCCUAGAGCAACCGUUGAAUUACGCCAGAAAUUACUUGGCGGAUCUGCUCGAGCCUUGCGUUAAGCGAGUCAUCUACUUGGAUUCGGAUCUCGUCGUCGUCGAUGAUAUCGUCAAGCUUUGGAAAACGGGUUUAGGCCAGAGAACAAUCGGAGCUCCGGAGUAUUGUCACGCGAAUUUCACGAAAUACUUCACCGGAGGUUUUUGGUCAGAUAAGAGGUUUAACGGGACGUUCAAAGGGAGGAACCCUUGUUACUUCAAUACUGGUGUAAUGGUGAUUGAUUUGAAGAAGUGGAGACAAUUUAGGUUCACGAAACGAAUUGAGAAAUGGAUGGAGAUUCAGAAGAUAGAGAGGAUUUAUGAGCUUGGUUCUCUUCCUCCGUUUCUUCUGGUAUUUGCUGGUCAUGUAGCUCCGAUUUCACAUCGGUGGAAUCAACAUGGGCUUGGUGGUGAUAAUGUUAGAGGUAGUUGCCGUGAUUUGCAUUCUGGUCCUGUGAGUUUGCUUCACUGGUCAGGUAGUGGUAAGCCAUGGUUAAGACUCGAUUCCAAGCUUCCAUGUCCUUUAGACACAUUGUGGGCACCUUAUGAUUUGUAUAAACACUCCCAUUGAUGCCAAUUUCGAGUUCGACAUAUUCAUGGGUAAACUCUCUAUACAAAAACUCUGUUCAAUUGCAAUGUCAUGUUUGUGUUUGUUUGUUCAUCAAUAAAGGUGCAAUAGGAAUCUUCAUUCUUUGUGUUCGUGGUGGGGUUGCCUUUUUUACUCUUUUAAGCAGAUGUGAAGUUUUUACCAUUUCUGGGUAUGGCUUUUUUUUGGCACUCAUAACAUUACAUAAACAAAAAAGAUAGAAGCUUUAUGAUUUCCUUUAUAGUUAAAUACUCCAUUGUUGGCCAAUUGGUGGAGAUUGUAAUAGUGGGGGGAUUGGGUUAGUGGUAGGGCAUAUUUCUUGGUCCGUACUGGACCUGAUGCAUUGUGGAACACCACUGAUUCAGUGAUUGUUUAACCUUUUCUUAUGUAGUUUCUUAGUGCAUUUAGCUUAUAAAGGCAAAAGGGUUUCAGAGAAUUUGCACGUAUGAUUGUAGUUGGGUUACUCUAAAAGGAUCUCGAAUCUUUACCUUGUUUCUGCAUUGAGAAACAGCUAUGCAUAAGAUACUUGUUGGUUAUCAUCAGCUUUUGUGGGAACCAAAACGGUUUUUGAACUUUUUCUUGCAUAUUCAUUUGACUAAUUGCAUUGUUCAGAAUCACAAUCUCAUCUUAAGUUUGUUUGUUUCAACCAGUCAUGGGGACUAAACCGAAGAU